AUGGACGUCCGACGGGUGGCCAAUGGCCUGGUUUCGAAGCAGACAUCUCUCCUUGUCCGCCAACACUUCUCUCGCCCAGCAUGCACAUCACAACCACUGUGCCAGUCGAUACGAACGAUAUCUACAUCUCAGCCGCUCUCCGAUAGACAGAAAGAUGCUCCGGUGGCCUCCCAACAGCAGCAGAGACAACAAAAGACACCUUCACCCAGCCAGAACAACUUCGAUGUGGACUCAAUCAGCAACCUGCUAGACGACGUAUACGACCGAGUAGGCUCCUCCAAUUCACCCAGCAGCUCAAACGUCACAGCUGGGUUCCGCAACCUGUUCCAAAACGCAGACGUUGGACGGGUGACCCGAGCCGUUCGAGACUCGGUUGCAAACAAUACAAAUGAGGGAGGGCGCGCUGUUCCGAGAUACCCUGAAUUAAAACUGACUCCAAAGCUUGGCCGUACAAUUGCCGUUGAUCCAUCGAGAGGCAUUGACGUUACAGGAGCGUUUUCUAUGAUGGAGGCACAGGUUGCGAGGAAUAAGAUUAAGGCUGACGAAAGGGCUCAGCGGCACCAUCUUCGUAAGGGAAGGAAGCGGAAGGCCGCGAAGUCGAAGCUGUGGAGAGCUUUGUUUAAGAAGUCGUUCCAGGUCCAGGUUGCUAGGUGUAUGGAGCUGAAGAGGCAGGGAUGGUAG